AUGGGAGACAAAGCUGAGGAGAUGGAGAGAUUUUUGUUGGAGUGUAUAAGAGGGUUGUUCCUAAUGUGGUUGAUCAUGACACGUUUUGGUUUAGUUGUUGAUGCUGCAAAACAAGUAGUUUACGCUACUACUACUCCUCCUGCAUCUGAUGAGGCUCCAAUCCAAGAUGCAGUCAAACCAGAAGCUGUUCCAAAAUCCGAUGAGAGUGCUCCAUCACAGAACACAGCUAAACCAGAUGGUUCAUCAACUCAAGAAGAGGAUAUGGGAUGGGACGAGAUUGAAGAUAUGAGCAGCAUUGAUGGAAAGGAAACGAGUCGUUCUAGUGGUGGAUGUCCAAACAGAGCUGAGCUACGUAAACGCUUGAGUGCAGCAGAGGAAGAUGAAGACUUAAGUUGGGACAUUGAAGAUGAUGAUGACGAAGAUUCAUCAUCAAAAGCUUAA